AUGGCACCCUAUAGUUCCAAGAAAGGAACUGAUGACUCGAGCAGCGAGGGAAAUGUCCCCGAGGAGAUUGCCGGAGUCAUGUUCAAUUCCGAUCAACCCCAAGCAGUUCCGUCCAUGAGUUUUCCAGAUGAUGACGACAGUGGUGAAAUUCGCGAGUACACUGGACAGUUCGAGGGACCUGAAAAGACCUUGGAGGUUUGUUUUCGUAAACAGGACUUGGAUGGACCAGAACCGACCGAACCAGGAGAAAAGGCCGGUCUGCGACGAUUGACCAUGGAGCAAUUGGGUCGUAUCUGUGCACGAGCUCGGUGCACAAUCCUUUCCAGUGUUUCCAAUCAGUAUUUGGACGCAUAUGUCUUGUCGGAAUCCUCGCUUUUCAUUUACCCGUACAUGUUGGUCUUGAAAACUUGUGGAACCACCACUCUACUAAGAUGCAUGGCGUUGGUGAUUGAAUUUGGCCGUCAAUUGGGAUUGGAGAUUGAUUGGGUUGGAUACAGCCGAAAGAAUUUCAACUUUCCCACCGAUCAAGCCUUUCCACACCAGUCCUUCAACCAAGAAUUGGAAUACCUUUACAGCCACCGCAACCUUUGUGAAACCUUGGAUGGAAAUGGAUACUCUCUUGGUCCCUUGACCAGUGACCAUUGGUUUGUCUUUGUUGCCGAUCAAACGAUUCGUAGCCGCACCUUGGAGGUUGAUACCGAUCGUGUAUUGAACAUGAUGAUGUUUGAUAUUGAUGAGGACAUUGCCCAGCUGUUUCAGUAUGAUCAUUACGAGACAUUGGAUGGUGAAGAAAAGGAAGAUGAAAUCAUGCGUAUUUCUCGGGAGCAAACUCUUCAGUCUGGAAUUAAUGAACUUUGCCCUGGUGCUGUCAUUGAUCCCCGCGCCUUUGAACCCUGCGGUUAUUCCAUGAAUGCCAUUCUCUUUCGAUCGUAUUCCACCAUUCACAUUACUCCUGAAAGUGGUUCGAGCUAUGUAUCGUUUGAAACCAACCAAAAGGUCCGAUCCUACAAGUCCCUCGUCAGCAAUGUCAUUUCUACCUUUCGCCCCAAGCGAUUUGUCAUGACCCUAAUGGCCGACGAAGCUGGACUUAAGCAGUUGAUUGAAAAUCCCUUUACUGGUUCGGGCCAAGAAUCUUCGAUUGUGGCUCCUGCCCCCCGCGAACUUCGCGAGGCUACUGGUAUCAAUCAAAUGAUGUACAAACGUGGAAGCGUGGCCUCGAUCCAAGUCGAAGAUGAUUGUUGCUGCAUGAUGGGCAAUUGGGUCCUCAAGACGGACAUUUCGCCCCAACAAAUUCGGGCCAACAAAACUCGAGGAAUGACCAUUACGUGA